AUGAUGACGAUGCGCUGUGUGCUGCUGGUGUCUGCGCUGUGUGCGUGGUGCGCCUGCGGGUGCUUGGCAUUGAAUGAGCUGAGGAUUGUAGAGGUGUCAAACAUUGGUGGCUACGCGGUAAUGGCUGAAGUUGUAUCUGUGGCAAAGCCUGACCUUCCGUCUUGUCCUUCUGGGGGUGGUAAAACUGGCGAAAGUUGCAUUGUUACCUAUAAAGAAAGUCAGGCGGAGAAAGCUGUUGCGUGUACUGCGGAAGAUCAACCAUCGGGCUGUAAGACUCUCAAGGUUCUUGAUGCUUGUAAGGAGAAGAAGCCUCUCGAGUGCCAAGAUUCUGACGGUAUUGUUUCUGUUGUGACUUGUACUGAUGAGGCGGUGAAGAACUGUACUAUCUCGAAGAAAGUGGUACCGGAGAGGGAAGGUUCUUCUACAGAAGGUGAUGGGCGUGAUUCUCUGGGUCCCAGUGGAGGGAACCUUAAUUGCCCGAAAGUCCAAGGUGCAGAUAAUAAGCAGUGCGUGUCUGAGGUUGCGGGAUCUCUACAGGGAGCUACGAGGGAAGGCGUGGAGCACAGUGGCCCAGGUGCUCAUGUUGGAGGUGCGCUAGAACAUCGUGCGGAGGGUGAAAAGGACCUUGGUCUCAACAGCGCCGUUGAUGCGUCUUGUACUUCCAGUCCUUCGGAGAGCUGCGGGAUCCAAACGGGUAACCGACUAAACAAGGGGAAAGAAAUCGUACCUCAACUCCAGCCACAACAACCGGUCGAGAACGCCGAAGGAGGUGGAGAACUGGGGAGGUUUGGAACAAAUGAAGGCACCGGCAUUGAACAAACUCAGAGGAAGAAGUCUGGAUAUGGUCGUGUUGGUGGCGUCGACAGCAAGACUGCUAACUUAUCUGAUGAAAAGAACAACAAGGCCACAAUACACGCGGACAGUACCCAGGGUAAUUCGGGUGGUGAAAUCAGUGGUGGCUCUGAAAGUACCAACAGAGAAGAGCUGAGUUCUGGCGUUUCGCCACCCGCAGAGCACACUUCUGCAGGUGACAGCACUCCUGAGGAUCACUACAAUACAAAGCGUAUUCCUGGAUCUGCUUCUCACGGUGAAGGCGAGCAAACUGUUACCGUGGAAGCGCCGGCACCACUUAUACCUUCUUCACCGAGUGCCAGUGAGGCCACAGACAGCAAGUCUUCCACCACUGCUGCUGCUCCAGAAGUUGAGAACGUGAAGGACACGAAGAAUGCGGACAGCAGCGUCAGUCUUGUGUGGGUGCAUGCACUGCUGCUUCUGCUGACGUUGUUUGCAGUGGCGGCUGUGUGA